AUGCAUGCUCGAUAUUCAAUGGACGGAAACCAUGAAAUUGGUGUACAUGAUUUAGGAUUGGUGGAUUUGCCUGGCAGUGAUGGCAGCGAACAGCCACACAUAUGGUCAUCUCCUGAACAUGGAUUUAAAACUGAAAUAGGCAAGCAGAUAUUCUGUAAUCGGUCACUGAAUAUGAAGAACAUCGUUGCUGUGGGAUUUGACAUGGAUUAUACUCUGGCACAGUACAAGCCUGAAACUUUUGAAUCUCUUGCUUAUCAAGGCACAAUUAAAAAGCUGGUUUAUGAUUUGGGAUACCCUCGUGAGUUACUAAAUUGGUCUUUUAACUGGAAGUACAUGGUCAGGGGCUUGGUUCUUGACAAAAAAAGAGGCAACAUAUUGAAGAUGGAUCGUCACAAGUAUGUGAAAGUAGCCUAUCAUGGAUUUAGAGAGUUGUCAAAAGAAGAUAAAGUUGGAACCUAUGGAAAUACUUUAAUACGAGAUUCUUUCGAUGAACCGGAUUAUGCUCUAAUUGAUACUCUCUUUUCACUUGCGGAAGCCUACUUGUUUGCUCAACUGGUUGAUUUCAAGGAUUACAAUCCUGGCAAGAUUCAAGAGGGUGUCGACUAUGCUCGCAUGUACAAAGAUGUUCGAGCUGCAGUUGACUUGUGCCACCGUGAUGGAACAUUGAAGCAAAUGGUUGCUAAAGAACCAAAAAGGUAUAUUAAUGAAGACUCCUCAAUAGUGCCCAUGCUUGAAAUGCUCAGAGACUCUGGUCGUGCCACAUUUUUAGUGACAAAUAGUUUAUGGGACUAUACAAACAUUGUCAUGAAUUUCCUCUGUGGAUCCAGCACGGCAAAUGGCAGUAACAGUUUUUUCUGGCUUCAAUACUUUGAUGUUGUUAUCACUGGCAGUGCAAAGCCAGGUUUUUUUCAUGAAGAAAAUCGUGCCAACCUAUUUGAGGUCGUUCCUGAGACCGGAAUGCUUCUCAAUACAGAUAAUGGCUCCCCUAUGCCCCAGGUGGGUAAUAUCUCAGCAAGGUUAUUUAUAGAAGCAAAGAAUCAUGCUUGUCCAGUUUUCCAGGGAGGCAAUGUUGCUCAUCUGCAUAAACUGCUUUCCAUUGAAUCUAGUUCGCAGGUUCUCUACGUUGGGGAUCAUAUUUAUGGAGAUAUAUUACGCAGCAAAAAGGUUCUUGGUUGGAGAACAAUGCUUGUAGUCCCAGAACUUGAGAAGGAAGUUAAACUCCUCUGGGAAUCUAGGGAUACCCGCAAGGAACUUCAAUUCUUGAGGAGUGAGCGUGACCGCAUCGAGGAUGAAAUACAUCAUUUGAAGUGGACUCUCAAAUUCAAAAAUCCAGACGCUGAUUUCAAGCAGAAGUUAUUAUCAGAACUUGGUACAUUGGAGCUUGAAAGGGAGAGAGUGAGAUUAAGUCAUCAAGAAGCUCAGAGAAAAUUACAUCAAAGGUUUCACGAGCCAUGGGGACAGCUUAUGAAAACUGGUUAUCAGAAUUCUCGCUUUGCUCAUCAGGUUGAGAGAUUUGCUUGCCUGUAUACUAGCCAAGUAUCUAACCUCGGCUUGUAUUCUCCAGACAAGUAUUACAGACCUAGUGAAGAUUUCAUGCAGCAUGAAUUUGGCAUUGUGGCUUAUGAGACACCAGACUAUCCUGGUUUCCAUCUCCCUUCUGUCUCUUGGUCAUAG